CGCCAGAGGGGAGCAGCCCGCCGGCAGGGGAGGACGCGGAGCCCGCGAGCGCGGCAGAGGGAAGGGCCCACCCCCCGCCACCAGCCUCUUCCUCCGCCUCCGCCUCCGCCUCUCCGCCGGGAAGCGCUCGCGCGGCGCCCGCAGCCCCGCUCCGCCGCUGCCCAGUCGGAUGCGCUGAUCGGCAGGGAGCGGGCGGCAGGGCCGGAGGAGCCGAGGACGCGCCGCGCCGCCCAGCGAGCCGCUAAUCCCUUUCGGUAAUCCCCCUUUUCCCCCCUCCUCGCCGGGGCUCUUUCGGCCGCUGGAUUCGGGCUGCCCCUGCCCCCUCUCCUCCCGCGGAGGAGCCAGCCGAGGCGGCGGCGGCGGCGGGGGCUCCCCCCCUUUUUUUUUUUGCCCCCUUUUUUUUCAUUAUUCCGUCGGGGCCGCCAUGGGAUGUACCCUGAGCGCCGAGGAGCGGGCCGCCCUGGAGCGCAGCAAGGCCAUCGAGAAGAACCUCAAGGAGGACGGCAUCAGCGCCGCCAAAGACGUGAAGCUGCUGCUGCUAGGGGCCGGCGAGUCGGGGAAAAGCACCAUCGUGAAGCAGAUGAAGAUCAUCCAUGAAGAUGGCUUCUCUGGAGAAGACGUGAAGCAGUACAAGCCAGUGGUCUACAGCAACACUAUCCAAUCGCUGGCAGCUAUUGUUCGUGCCAUGGACACCUUGGGCAUCGAAUACGGCGAUAAGGAGCGACGGGCUGAUGCCAAGAUGGUCUGUGAUGUCGUAAGUCGGAUGGAGGACACAGAGCCCUUCUCUCCAGAGCUGCUGUCAGCUAUGAUGAGACUCUGGGCAGACUCUGGGAUCCAAGAAUGCUUCAACCGGUCCCGGGAAUAUCAACUUAAUGACUCGGCCCAAUACUACCUAGACAGCUUAGAUCGAAUUGGAGCUGCAGACUACCAGCCCACGGAGCAGGAUAUCCUUCGAACCAGGGUCAAAACAACUGGCAUUGUAGAAACCCAUUUCACAUUCAAAAACCUCCACUUCAGGCUCUUUGACGUUGGAGGCCAGCGGUCAGAACGCAAGAAGUGGAUUCACUGCUUUGAGGACGUCACGGCGAUCAUUUUCUGUGUCGCGCUGAGUGGCUACGACCAGGUGCUCCAUGAAGACGAAACCACGAACCGCAUGCACGAAUCACUGAAGCUGUUUGACAGCAUCUGCAACAACAAAUGGUUCACAGAUACAUCUAUCAUCCUCUUUCUAAACAAGAAGGACAUAUUUGAGGAGAAAAUUAAGAAAUCGCCACUGACUAUCUGCUUUCCCGAGUAUACAGGCCCAAACUCUUUCACUGAGGCAGUGGCUUACAUCCAGGCUCAGUACGAGAGCAAGAACAAGUCCCCCAACAAGGAGAUCUACACGCACAUCACCUGCGCCACCGACACCAACAACAUCCAGUUCGUGUUUGACGCCGUCACGGAUGUCAUCAUCGCCAACAACCUGCGGGGCUGCGGACUCUACUGAGCGCCGCUCGUCUCCCUCCUCUCCUCGCACGCCCCAGGAACGCCCUCCGGUCCCACGGACAGGUUCUCUCUCUUUUUUUCCUCCUCAGAAGAUGAAGAAGAAAGACAUAAAACCCCCCUUCUGCCCCAGCAGCCUUGGCAGCAAGUUCUGCUUUCCCCCGGCCCCAUUUUUAUUAUUAUUAUUAUUAUUUUGGUUUUGUUCAUUCCCACGCUGUGUCUUUCUACCCCUCCGUUCCCGGAAGGCAGCCAGUCCACAGUGCUAUAGAGGGACCUAAUGCAGUUCCCACAAAGUGCAUUUCAGUUGCCAAAAAACAAAAAUAUUUCAUUUAUAAAAGGAGAAAAAUUCAAAGCCUUAAAACAUUUGUCAGCAACAGCGUAGUUCGGAACAGAAACUUUUUUUCCUUAAAAUUAGGGGAUAUUUUUAAACCCUGUUAUUUAUCUUUUUUUUUUUUUUUUAAUUACUGUUCCUUGUGGAAGUACUAGACAAACGUAAUCACCUUGGGGGUACCUUAUGGCUCCAGUUCCUAUCCCAAAGCUGGAGGGGUCAGCCACAGCAGCUCGGAUUUGUAUAUUAUCCUUUUUUUCAGACAGCUAUUUGAACAAGUAAAACAGCCAUAUUGAGUUUUGCUGGUGUCUCUAAGACGGACACGGUAACAAAAUCUACUAAGCGUUGUCUAAAAGCAUUCAUUACCGAUAACAGUUUUACCUCAAGUUUCCAAAAUUAAUGUUAAAGUACGUCUAGUGAGUUCAGUAACCCAUUUCUUACUCACGCCUGCCUUUACGCGCUUCACUCGAUCCCACAGACCUACUGCGCCGAGCGGGGCGGUCGCGAGAGCUUCGUUUUCACCCCUCCAGCACGACGAGACCUCAGCAGCAGGGCUGGCCCGCGUGGCCCUGGGCACAGCCACGAUGCCCUGGCACGUGGUGGCCUGUGCGGCUGAGAGGGGCCAUGCCGCCUCGGUGGUUGAUGCUUCUACAGACAUGUAGCAUUUCUUUCCAAGCUUCAGCCCUUAAGACAGCUCAAUGCACCAGAAAUGUUUAGCCUUGACCUCCAGCAGCCAGGGCUGGACAUUUCAUUACCGAAAGCACAGACAGGUGGCUUUGGAAACCUUGUCAAGCUUGGGUGACAGCAGGGCACUUGGGAGCUGCUCGGCUCUUACUUGCACCUUGACCAUCUAAACGCCCAUAUAAACCCGGCCUUCCACUCCCAGCAUUCUCAGCCCAACCAGAGACAUGCUGCUUGCCCGUGUUGUCUCUCAGCCGUGCAGUCGGAGGAGAUGACACUAGGUUUAGUGUCUCCAGUCAGGUCAUUUCUUUACCAAUAUCUAAAAUGAGAGGGAUGGUUUGUACUCUGGCUAUUUAAUGGAAAGGGAAGGCUCAGGGAACUGAUUUGAUCCAAGCGCUGGAGUAGGAAGGAAAAGUGCAAGGAAGAAAGGGAUGCAAGAAAUGGUAGGAAGGAAAGGUGUGGAAAAGGCAGGAGUAACACCCAGCAGAACAAAACAUGUAGGCGCGGAGGAAGGACAAACAAGGCUGGUUCAGGAUAGGCUGGGGUGCCUGUGGCCAUCAACAGCCUGCUGUCCCCAAGAGCACUGGGUGCUGGUGGGACAGGGAUAGCUGGGGCGAAGGCAGAGAGGGAAUAUGAGUGGUCAGGAGUGCCCCUGCUGCCAUCGAGAACAUGGAGGAGCCUGUGAGACUCCAUCCCAAAAGCUUGUUUGGUGGCUGCAGGAGACAGUCACCUCCAGGUCCUGCUCUGUGUGGCACCUGGGGGGCAGGUGGGCACCCGCUGAUCCCUCCCUCUUUACUGUGUUUCUUCAAGUUACUGAUCCUGGAGGAUGUGAGCCUUUCUGGGACGGCCACAAGUGGAGCUGUCCUCUCUUGGGAGCCAGGGAUAGGGGUUGCUUUUAGAUCUCACAAGGUCAAAGUUUUCUUCAGUGGCAUGUCCAAGAAGGUGAAUAUCUGUUUUCUUACUGUGCUCAUCAAGGAAAGGUAACAUGAGAGCAGGCCAAAGCGACACAGCACAAAGGCAAGAGGCCAGGUGAGCUUCGGUGGGCGAGAGUCAGUGGAAGAAAGAGGUAUGAUGGGAAGGGAUGGAGAGGACCGGAGGGGGGAAGUUGGGCCAGUUUGUGACAGAAAUUGCAGAAGGGAAAUGAGUCAGGUUGAGGCAGCAGAGAGGAAGAAGAAAUGGGAAGAGAAGGGCCCACGGGAAGCCAGAGGAGCCUCCCCAUCGAAGGUUUGGAUCUGCCAGGGAAAGUGCUUGUGGGACAUGUGGGACAACCCAGUGACAUGAGUCAGGAGCACCCCAGGGCAAACAGGGCACUGCCUUCAGAGAAAAACCAAGGUGGUUGUUACCCGUCAAACCUGAUCACCGCCCAGCAUGGUUUUUAGCUGUGUUAAUAAUCCCCUAAAUAGUGUUAAAUUAUAAAACAGUAUUUAGUACUGUACAGUCAGGACUCACUGCUGCUCUGCUGGACACUAACAGAAAUAACACCAAGUCUCUCUGCCUCGCUCUGCUCUGGCAGAAGGGAAUAAACCACCUUUCUCUUCACCAUCUCAGCCUUAAAAUACCUCCGACAGUCAGCGUCCAUGGAGAGCUGGCCAGCAGCAAAGCUAGGAACCCCUUGCUGCUCCUUGAACCACAGGUUUCUACAUGCUCUCUGCACAUCUUGUUUCCCAGGUCCCAGCAGGUCUCUCAGCUCCACUUAAUGCCAGCACACUCUGCUGUACAACUCUAAACCAAAGGAAAAAUAAACACAAGGCCUCUGCACAUAAAUGUAUUUGUUUUAGCUUAGGAUUUCCAAAGUCAAUAGGAAGCACGUGCCUAAUUCUCUUUGGCUCCUUAGAAAGCACCAGCUGCAUGCCCCAACCUUGACAAGAUUUAUGUAUGUGCCAAGAUGAAAGUCAAGGGAAUGACAGUAAAAUGCAACAAUUGGUUUGUUUUUGCAGGAAAAGGCGUUUAGGAGUUUGCCUAUAUAGGCAAUGCAAAAAAGAGAGACACAUGACUCAGACCUCCUCCCCCAGUUUCCACUCAGUCCCAAACCAAACUUUCUUUUUGCAUGUCCUCUGCUGACUUCAGAGGUUGUUUUACCCCAGAUGAAAGUUGUGCUGCUGUCUGAAGCUAUCUAAUUAAUUUGAUUAAUUCAUUGCAAAGCAAUUAAUUGCUUUGCUAUUCAAGACAAUAAAAAAUGGCAAUUGGAUGGUGCUUCUAGCCUGGAAAGAGGCAGAACAUUAACUGGAGUGAUCCAGAACAAUGAAAAAGAGAGUCCUGGAGUCUGGCCUUGCGCAGGUGUCUAGGCAGCCACCGGGAAACUGGUGCCACCCAUGACACGUAGCUUUUGGGUGAUGUUAAAUUUGCAUUGACUGGGCUAAAAAGCAGAAUGCUACACUUGAUACACAAUCUGUAUGUAACUACUAGACCCUAAAUGAAACAGCAAGCCUGUACACUGUAGAGCACUAAUGACUUACUCUGGCAGCAAAGCAGGUCUUUACUAAACUCUACCAGAAGAAUUUGAUCAGUAGCACUAGGCACUAAAAGAUGUGAGAUUUUUUUUAUAUUUCCACCCCUUGCUGUGGGGGAAAUUUUAUUCUAUUUAAUAAGUAAUAGACACUGUUCCCAGUGAAGGUAGCACCAAGCCAACACUCAAGGUGUUGCAAGUAUAAAGUGCACAGGAAUCUUUUGGUGAAGUAAAUUUAAGUUAACUCGAAUGCAAACUCUUCUAGAUGCAGCUGUCUCACCAGUCCCAGCACUGUGUACUUCCAGCAUUCACUGAGCUCGAUUCAGGUAACCUGAGCUCAGAAAUGUGGGCUGGGAGGUCUAACCCCCCCCUUCCCUCCCCUGCCCUCCUGCAGCUUUGCAAAUUCCCUGGCCCCUCUGCUCCAGCUUCCCAGGGAGAAAUUGGUUAUAAUCUAUGCCUGGUGCUCCACAGGGAUGAAACGGAGAAAAGAGGAGGAAAUGUUGACAUACUGAGUCUUUUCUUUCAUUUUCUUUGGCAUAUUGUAUGUCUAAAACUUAAUUUCAGCUGCUGCUGAUGACAUUCCCUCCCUCACGUAGGUGUCGUGAGGAUUAACUGACAAAGGCUUGAAACAGCGUUUGAAAGAUGAAAUGCUUUGAGUGUUAAACACUACUAUUUUUCCCGCUUGAUGGCCUUGUAUAGAUUUUUUUGUCUCCAGAAAGCGUGCCAAAGUAUUACUCAUCUCUGGAAGCCUGCAUUCCUUCCAGGUCUUUUCUGACAGACAUGCCUUUUGCAGAUAAUAUUUUGUCCAGUGCUUCUUCUUAUUCCUAAAUAACGGCAAUCAUUGCAGGAAUUGCCUAGAAAGAAAACCUUGAAAUGCAUCUCACCUGCUCAAAAGUCCUCUUCUUAAUAACCCUUCGCGUUGUGAAAUUGCAACGCUCCAGAUGCAAACCCCCAGGCCCCAGAAUUGCUUUUAAUCUGCAGUCACCACGUAGCAGGCGUAUUGCAACUGGUAUAGCUGCAACAGGAAUCAUGCUGGGGCACGGCCACGUGUUUUAAAAGCACGAUGAUUCACGCUUUUGAAAGAGCUCCAUAUACACCUUGCUGCCCUUCAAAGCUAAUGUGGAAAUUUGCACCUUUUUCGGAAAGCCUGCCAAUUGCUUGAGAGAUGUAGGGUGUUCUUAAUGACGCAAAUCACUGGUUCAAAAGCAGCAUCCAAGGGGCAUCACACACUAAAAGCAGCAUUAGCAGCUCACGAUGAGCUUCAGACAACAGCAGAAAAAAAGCAAGCAGAAGAAAAGCCCUCCACUCGCCACAUCUGCAAUCUCUCUCAGAUGGCCUGGAUCCAUGAGACAUAAAAGCGAUGACAGUUUACAUCCGCUGGGAGUGCAGCCCUGAAUCUAGGGAAACGUGCAAUUAACUCAGCAGUCUCUUUUCCUUGAAAAGGGACUUCAAGUUGGGGGAGGUUUGUGCUAAGUGGAAUACCCUGCAAAGUAUUCCCGGAGCUCUGAAUGGCCUCUGGAGAGGAAACUCUGUAAUCAGGUGUAUUAGUUAGAUGCUAAAAUCAGACGUUGCAAACAGCUCCUUUAUUUAAAGAACAAUUUGAAUAAAAUGCAGAAGUCUGUGGACGAGUUUUAGGAUGGUGCAGCUGCGCUGCCAGGCACCUGAGCGCACAUGCUCGCUGCGCAGGGAGGUCCUGCGCCCUGGGAAGAUGCAAGAGCCAGGCUCCUUAUGAGAACUAGCAAUAAGCACCCAAUGGCAAAGCACACAUUAAAACACAGCCACAGAUUUCCAAGGCCGGUUUGUCUCCAGCAAGUAGAGUUCAUGCUCUCACUUUUAGAUAUGGCCCGAGGAGCCCAGUCUAGAGUCAAGGAAGCAUGAAAGAUCCGCGCGGCCAUCUGGACUGUCCGUCUGCUAGCGCGGGACUGUUCCCGACUGCCGCUUCCCCAGUGCAGUGCCCGAUCCAGGCUUAGUGAAUGGGUCAGGUAGCUUUCCACCACCUCCCUCCAAGAAACUCUUCCAAACCUCUCUCUCUCUGGAGUUUUGCAUGAUAAUUAGCCCUUUUCCCAAUUUUCCAUCACCUCCCUGGACAGGUUCAGAUAGUGGUCACCUUGGGUCGAGAUUCAGCUAACGAUAUCACCAGCUUUCCCAGGCAGGGGUAAACACGCAGGCCAAGCUCAGCUUGAUGGCGGCACACACUGGGCACGGUGCCCAGCUGGCCACCUAGUACCUGCACCGGAGGAGGGUGGCCUCCUGAGAGAGGGCUAUAGCAUCGCGUCAGUCAAUAUGAUUUUGUUUUAAAGGACACUGAAAGCCUGUUACUCACUCAGGUUGAUAACUUAAGAGCUGAAUCACCCUCUGGACUCGGAGAAGGUGCUUUUCUUCAUCUACAUCACUCGCGAGUGAGUUUACAGUUUUCUGAGAUGCCUGAAGUUAGGCGGGGGAAUCCACGUCUUAGAAAAUACCCAGAUAAGUAGAGAGCUGCAGUCUGCUACAGAGAAUCAGUUCAGCACAGUAGUGAAGUAUUAUUAGGAGCAGUCUAUAAUGUCAUAUACAUUAAAAUCUAUCUGACAUAUUUAACCCAUUUUAGUAUAAGUCCAUUGCUCGCCUGCAAGUUAACAGGCUGUUUUCAGGCGAGGAAUGCAAUCUCCGUGUAAACCGAGAGGUUAGAAUUGGAUGUAUAAGAUGUCCUUUUGCCAACAAAUCCCAGUUUCUCCAAACUGCACUGCAUAACUUAAAGCAUCAGGCAGUCCCUCCAAGUGCAGCACGCUCGCUGCGAUUCUGCACAGGACAAGGUGUCGGGCUCAACCAUGGGAGGGCAGAAACCACAAGCUGGGACUUCUGCGGCGGAUGCUGUUAACCCUGCAACCUAGCCUGGGAGAUGUCUCAGAGUAUUCUGUGGCCAAAACAUCUCCUACGGAAGCCAGUGAGAUGUUUGUCAUUGACUUCUUGGGAGCAAGGCUGACCAUUAAUCAGGUUCAGUAGAGAAGCUUAGUACUAGUAUGUCUACGUUCAUAGACCAGCCAGGUGUGACUUCAGCCUUACAACCAAUAUUUCUAUGACCAUUUCUAAAUUUUCUAAAAUUCUCUUUAAAGAUGAGACGCUGGAAGUGUUGAGGUCAAUUGAGAUAAUGCUACUGAGCAUCAUCCUGAAUCGAGCUCUGAGAGAGACCCAAACCCAUCACACGCUCACAGUGCCGCCUGACUGGCGCACCCCCAACGCACACGUUUCCCAACCAGAAAGCAGAGACGUGGUCCACUCUACCCAACAGCGUGCGCCAUGUUCUGGCUGGUAUUUCAUUUCCCCUGAGGAAAGAGCAGACAGAAACACUCACCCAAGAUACUCAGAGACUUGAACGUACAUUAUAGUUUCUGAGCUCCUGCCAUGAUAUGCUAUAAUUGAUGUUGACAGAUAUAGGUACAUGACCUAUAUAAGACGUGCCGAGAGCGUGGUUAGGAAAAUAGCCUUCUCGUAGGAAGGCUUGUGCCCAAACCAGCAGCCUGUGAGCUCCCCGAAGAGAUCUUUAUUCGCACUGCAAAGUAUAGCGAACACAUGCAAGCUGCGGAGAGCACUGCUCUCUUGAAGGCUGAUGUGAUAAUAGCGGGGCGAGGAAGGAAACCUCCCUGCUGACACUCGGCAGGUCGGAGGGCAGGGGAGGAAACCAGCCCCCGAGGGAACAGGGAGGCUGGUCAUUUGCUCGGUCCUCCUGUUGCAGCAGGAGGGCUGUGGUCUGCAAUGUUGCCCUGCAAAUUUCCCCCCAAGAGUCAGGAACCACAGAAACACUGGAUAGCCUGGCAGUGGGAGCAGCUCCCGCUGGGGUGGGCACAGGGUAGCACGGGGAAAAGCCAUGCUGCCCUCGCACCAAAACUGGGAGAGGGGCAAGGCGCAGGGCCAGCCAAAUGGGCUCGUGCCAUCCCGGCAAAAUCCCUGCAUGUCACAGUGAAGCAAGGCAGCACAGUUCUCUGCGGGAGUCGGGUGAAGCAGGAGCAGGCAGAAGGGAAAAGCACGUUUCGGCUCCCGGCCGCUCCACGCUCAGGAGACGGAGGGAGGAGGUGGAGGGCCGGGAGCCGGGCGUCUGCUGCCACGGCCCCUCUCCCACACCCGUGCCUUCAGAAGUUAGUGCAGUGACCAAAAUCUGACUGUCCGGUAAUGCUGGCAAGUGACUGUGUCCAAAUCCCCCGCUGCGGGUGGAGAGAGGAGAUCACAGGGAGAUGACAGCAUAAUUUUCACUACUGCCUGGCACUAACCGGCUUGUUCAGUGCUGGAGCAACUCAAGGGCACUGGCAGCCUGGAGAGCACACGGGGCUUCGCUCAUCCCUGUCGGGGCCCUGACCAGCCCCAGGCCCAGCACCACACGCGACAUGGGGCAGAGAAAGGGCCGUCGCCUCUCCAUCCCUGGGGCUGCGUCCCCCACCUUGCAUUUUCUAGGCCUGCCCCAUUUUUCAGAGCUGUCCCCCAGCCUGGGGCUGGCUCCCAGCACGGCACCUGGCUGCACAGCCACGGGCCAGCCCGCGGGCAGCUGCUACACCCAAACAGCUUCGUCCCCUCCCGCUGAAACCUCCAGUCCGUCCCGAAAGUAAGUAAGGCCGCUCAAAGACAGGCCGCUACCCCAUUAAAGAGUCCAUUCCCCAAUUUAACAUCCUCCUCUCCAUGCUUUGCUCUCCCGCUCUGCCAACCUUUGCUUGCAAGGUCCCGCCAACAUACACGCAGCCAGGUUCGCCCGCCUCCGUGUCACCCCUCGGCUCAACAAGGGAACGGGGACUCGCACCGCGACCUGCUCUCGGUGGGCUCCCGCGAGCCGCCGGCCCUCAUCCGCCCUCCCUCGCUCUCCUCCUCCGCCACGUCUCCACCACCGAUUUCUUUCCAAAGGAACGCCGGAGUCUGCCACGAUUUUUUCUUGUGCCAUUUUCUCGCUGUGAAUCAUUUUUCCUGCAUGUUUGAUGGCCCAAACUGUAUUAACUGUAAUUUUGUACGAAGAGUGACUGUCCAUUGGUUUAAUAGAACAUUAGUUAUUGUAAUAAUUUAUUGGCUGUCGGUAAUGUAUUUAUUAGUUACAAAAUGUUAAUAAAGUGCCAGCUCUUUUCUA